AUGGAGGACGUUCGCUUGAGCUCUUCGUCAUCUAAAAGAAUCUGGGUGAAAUAUGGUGACGGCCAGCCAGUUAGCCUCAUGUUUGACAGAGGUAUUGUGGACGAUUUGAAAAAAGCAAUAAAGAAGGAGUUGUCGCCUCGCUUGGAUAAUGUGGCUGUCAAUGAGAUUACUUUGAGAAGACAUGGUGAAGGGGAAGACUUGCGUGCAGAUCUAACUGUUGAUGAGAAUUUUGUGAAUAACUAUGAUACACCUCUACAGAUAAUCGUAAACGCACCUGAGAGAAAACAUGAACUUGUACUUGAACUGGCAUCUGUCAUGUCUGGUACAUUUUCAGAUGAAAACCAAAGGGCAAAUGCUUUCAGAUGCUGGCUCGAGCUAUUUUUUGAUAAUGAAAUAGAGAUAUGCCCAGAAGAAGCAAAUGUAAUCUGCCAUAGUUCACGAACUGGUAAACAAAGGACAGAUGGAAGUAUAUAUCCAAAGAUUGGUCGAGAUAGAGUUCUUUUGGUAAACUUAGAAGUUAAACCUGAGCCUGGUACAAAUGGUGAUUGUUACAUCCAGAACAGUGCCUACUACAAAGAAUUUGUAAUCAAGUCUCAUAAGGAGAAAUCUGAGUUUUAUUAUAAGACCUGUUUGCCCGCUUUCCUUAUCAAUCUAGAUGGACCAAAUUUAUCGAUAUCUGGUGCUGUCUGUGUCCCAUUCAUUGUCUGUGAUCAUCUUACAGACAUCUUUCCACUGGAUAUAGUUACUUAUGAUCAUACUAAAGCGGAUGAUAUUGCAAGAGUAUUACUAGCUCUAAAGAACUCCAUGGAUAUAUUGAGAGAGCACUAUACUUCUGUCUGUGAAAAGGCUUUCUAUAAAUCAUGGAUUGUGGAAAUCCAGGCUAAAAAUAUGCAAAAGAAGGGCUUAGUUAAGUAUACACAAAAAUAUUCUAAAGAAGCACAUAAUAUAUGCUUCGAACUCGGCUUCGCACCCAAAUUAUGGGCAAUUAAUAACCUUCAACAAGGCUGGCACAUUAUCUUCAUGGAAUAUUUGGAGGAAUAUCAACCACUACAUACUUUCCGUUCAGAAAUAUUUUCCCAAACCGAAAAUAUAGUUAAAAAUGCUGUGAAGUCGUUUCAUGAUUCUGGUUAUGUACAUGGGGAUCUUUGUGAUGAAAAUAUCAUGAUCAAAUGUGAAAAAGGAAAAAUUGAUAUAAAGUUUGUUGAUUUUGAUUGGGCAGGAAGGGAAGGGGAGGCGAAGUACCCUGAAAGUCUGAAUCCUACUAUUAAUUGGCAUCCAGACGUUGGCUGGCAUAAACUCAUUAAAAGGGAGCAUGAUCAUCAUUUAGUUGAUAAUAUUUAUCUCAAUACAAAGUCUGACAAAUCCUCAAAAAAGCGACGGCGCCUCUCAGAAUGGAUGAAUUAA